AUGCGUUUCUUUCGACUUGGUUGUGUAAGGUGUUUGGCUACGACUUGCGCUCGUCUCUCUGACUGCUCCAUCAGCUACCGUCACGGGACGUCGAAUGUGCCGCUUCUCGGAGAAACGAUUGGUCAACGACUGGAUGACGUGGCGAGAAAGCAUCCGAGUAGAGAAGCAUUAGUCGUUAGACAUCAACACAUCAGACGUUCGUAUGCCGAGUUCAACGAAGAGGUCAAUCAACUUGCUGCAAGUUUUCUAGCCUUGGGACUAAAGAAAGGUGAAAGAGUCGGAAUCUGGGGACCCAAUUCACACGAAUGGGUAUUGACUCAAUUUGCAACAGCAAAAGCAGGUCUAAUAUUGGUGAACAUUAAUCCUGCAUACAGACCAUUGGAAGCGAAAUAUGCACUUGAGAAGGUAGGUUGCAAGGCUCUUGUGUCUGCUCCCAAGUUUCGUUCUCAACAUUACUAUGAAAUCUUAUGCAGCAUCAUCCCAAACUUACGGCUCAGCAGUCCCGGUCACUUACAGACGGACAAGCUUCCUGAGUUAAAAACUGUCAUCAUGACUGGACAGGAUAGAUUUGAUGGCACGUUGCAGUUUGAAGAAGUGAUCAAAAUGGGAUCAAGUCAUGAGCAUAAUCAACUUAUGGAAUUAACGACUCAGUUGAAGUUUGACGAUCCUAUCAACAUACAAUUCACUUCUGGAACUACUGGAAAUCCUAAAGGAGCUACGUUGUCACAUCAUAAUAUUUUGAACAAUGCUUACUUUGUAGGUCUCGCACUUGGUUACAAUGAUCAGGAGACAAGAGUGUGCAUUCCAGUUCCGUUAUAUCAUUGCUUUGGAAUGGUAUUAGGAAUGUUGAACUGCAUUGUUCAUGGAGCUUGCGCAGUACUACCAUCUGGUAGCUUUGAAGCUGAUGCAGUAUUAAAAACUGUUGAGGAAGAAAGAAUUCACUCUUUGUAUGGCACACCAACUAUGUUUAUUGACAUGCUUAAUCACCCAGAUUUUAGCCAAUAUGAUUUAUCUUCACUCUACACAGGUAUCAUGGCUGGCUCACCAUGCCCUAUUGAAGUGAUGAAGAGAGUCAUAUCUAAUAUGAAUAUGGAGAAAGUGACGAUAUGUUACGGGUUGACAGAGUCGAGUCCUGUCACGUUUCAGACAUCGCCAGAAGAUCCCCUAGAGCAGAGAGUAUCGACAGUCGGAAAAGCUCAUCCUCACACUGAGGCAAAGGUAAUUGAUGACAACGACUGUGUGGUGAAAUUGUGUGUGCCUGGUGAGUUAUGUACGAGAGGCUACUCGACGAUGCUUGGUUAUUGGAACGACGACGAGAAGACUAAGGAAACGAUCACAGUGGAAGGAUGGUUAAAGACGGGGGAUGUGGCAGUUAUGGAUGAUGAUGGUUAUGUGACUGUAGUGGGAAGAAAGAAGGAUGUGGUCAUUCGUGGUGGAGAAAACUUGUAUCCGACUGAGAUCGAGCAGUUUCUCUACAAGCACCCAAAGAUUCAAGACGUACAGAUUAUUGGUGUGCCUGACGAUCGACUCGGAGAGGAACUCUGUGCAUGCAUUAUUCUUAAAUCCAACGAAGAAGCCACCAUUGAAGACAUACGAGAAUUCUGCAGAGACGAAAUUGCGUACAUGAAGGUGCCUCGCUAUGUCGUCUUUGUCGAUUCAUUUCCGAUGACCGUUACAGGAAAGAUACAAAAAUUUCGUCUGCGGGAGCAGAUGGCAAAACAGCUAGAGUUAUGAAGCUGGUCUCCUAAGCAGUAAACUUGAUGUCACACAGAAUUGUGAGUCAUAGGCUUGUUUUUUAAUUUAUUUUAGAUUUAGAUGCUUUUGUGUAUUUGUAUGUAUUGAUACAUUUGACAUUAAAUUUUAAAGGAUAUUUUUAUACAAGCACCCAGUUUGAAAUUUUCAAUGUAUGAAGGGGAGGGGUAACACUGAAUGUUUCGGUUGAAAACACAAGUGACAUUGUGUGGUGUAAU